GUGGGGCACGGUGACAGCUUGUGUUUGCAUUUGCCCGGAAGAACGAGAGAUAUCCAUUUCUAUUAAUAAUAUUAAACGUUUUUUUAUUUUAUUUUUACUGCAUUUUAACCAGAAAAAAAUGAUUCCCAACGAGGAUAUCGGAGGCAGGAAGAGGGCUAUAGAGGAGAAGCUCAAGCAGGAAGAAGAAACCCUGAACUUCAUAAGGGAGAGUCUGGAUAAGAGCGAUCAGUUAACUAACAAUAUGGUAUCUAUUCUGUCCUCCUUUGAGAGUAGACUGAUGAAGCUGGAAAACUCUAUUAUCCCAGUGCACAAACAAACCGAGACAUUGCAAAGGCUUCAGGAGAACGUGGAGCGCACCCUUUCCUGCCUGGACCAUGUCAUCAGUUACUACCAUGUGGCCACAGAGACAGAGAAAGUCAUCAAAGAAGGGCCCUCGGGGCGAUUGGAAGAAUAUCUUGGUUGUAUCGCCAAAAUCCAGAAGGCUGUUGAGUAUUUUCAAGACAACAAUCCGGACAGCCCCGAGCUGAACAGAGUUAAAUCUCUGUUUGAGAAAGGGAAAGAGUCUUUAGAUGCUGAGUUCCGAGGCCUCUUGCAAAGACAUACUAAGCCCGUGCCACCUAUUCUUAUCUUGGACUUGAUUGGCACUGACGAGGAGCUGGAUGCUCAGGACGAAGGAAUCCUGGAACAUUUGCCAGAAGGAAGUCUGCAGGAUGUCAUUCGUAUAUCCCAAUGGCUAGUAGAGUACGGAAGGAACCAAGAUUUCAUGAACGUAUACUAUCAGAUACGCUCCAGUCAGCUGGAUCGUUCCAUCAAAGGUUUGAAGGAACACUUUCGGAAGAAUAGUUCAUCUUCAGGAGUGCCCUAUUCCCCAGCUGUGCAGAACAAGAGGAAGGACACUCCUACCAAAAAGCCAGCCAAGAGACCAGUCUUCAUACCAGGCACUAUCCGCAAGGCUCAGAACCUCCUCAAACAGUACUCACAACACGGGCUUGAUGGGAAAAAGGGAGGGUCCGGUCUUGGAGUCCUGGAAGGUCAUGAUCAAGAAUCUCGUGGCCGAUACCACGGAGAGACCGUGGGAGAGAAACAUGGGUCAGUCACUGGUAAGGAAGAUGUGCUGGAUCUGGAAACCGACACCUACAUAUACUGUAUCAGUGCUUUUGUGCGCCUUGCGCAAAGCGAGUACCUGUUACUGAUGGACAUCAUUCCUGAGCACCACCAGAAGAAGACCUUUGAUUCUCUCAUUCAGGAGAGCUUAGAUAACCUCAUUUUGGAAGGAGAGAACAUUGUCUUGGCCGCCAAGAAAGCCAACUCUAGACAUGAUUUCACGUCUGUCCUUAGUAUCUUUCCCAUCCUAAGACACCUCAAGCUCACUAAACCUGAGUUUGAUAAAGUUCUGCAGGGCACUGCCGCCAGCACUAAAAACAAGCUGCCGAACCUUAUCACCUCUAUAGAAACAACUGGAGCCAAAGCCCUUGAGGAUUUUGCCGAUAGUAUUAAGAAUGACCCUGACAAAGAGAACAGCAUGUCCAAGGAUGGCACAGUACACGAGCUGACCAGUAAUGCCAUCCUUUUCCUGCAACAGUUGCUUGAGUUCCAGGAGACUGCAGGUGCAAUGCUUGCUUCACAAGUUCUGGGGGACACUUACAAUAUUCCUAUCGAUCCUAGAGAAACCAGCACGAAUGCUAGCAGUUACAGCUCAGAGUUCAGCCGCCGUUUGCUGAGCACCUAUAUCUGCAAAGUACUUGGCAACCUGCAGCUGAAACUUUUGUCCAAGUCCAAAAUGUAUGAAGAUCUGGCCCUGAGUGCUAUAUUCCUUCACAACAAUUACAACUAUAUUUUAAAAUCUCUUGAAAAAUCAGAACUUAUGCAGUUGGUUUCUGUGACUCAGAAGAAUCCAGACAGUCUAUAUCGUGAGCACAUUGAACAGCAGAUUCAGAUCUACCAACGCAGCUGGCUGAAAGUCACAGAUUAUGUUUCGGACAGGAACAUGCCAGCUAUUCAAGGACAAAAGCUGAAGGAUAAAGAACGACAGAUGAUUAAAGAGCGUUUCAAGGGAUUUAAUGAUGGUUUGGAAGAGAUAUGUAAAAUCCAGAAGUCAUGGGCCAUUCCAGACAAGCGUCAGCGGGAACGAAUACGUCAAUCCCAGAAGAGCAUUGUGCAAGAGGCAUAUGCAGCAUUCUUACGCAAGUAUGGCACUGGUGUUAAUUUCACCAAGAAUCCUGAUAAAUACAUUAAAUAUUCAGUGGAGCAAGUUGGAGACAUGAUUGAGAGAUUAUUUGACACAUCUGCAUGAAGAUCUUAACUUCCUUUUGAUAACUGUAUAUAUUAUAUAUAAAUAUUCAACCUCCUAAAUCUGUAUAUACACUAAGAACAUAACUCAUUAAACUCUAACCUCAUUUA